CGGGCCGUAAGAUGUGUAUCGGAUUCCACCGAUACGUCAGAUACCGCGUCAGAAGUCGAGUAGUUGAUAUAUUGGUUUUUCAUUGCAUCAUUACACCAUUUUGUAUAUAUAUAUAUGCACAUAUAUAUGUACUUAUGUUCUCUUCCUAUUUUGCAGUUCAGAUGACCUGCCUCCAACCCCUGCACUGUCCCCUAGGAAUGAUGAAUUGGAACGAGUCCCAACAAGUCCUGAGCAUCAUUUUAGUCCGCUUCCAAGUCCGCUCCCAAGACCUGUGCCAAGCCCUGUGCCAAGCCCCGUGCAAAAUCCCACCCACAGUCCCUUUCCAAGUACUGUCCCAAGGCCUAGAAUCACUCGAUCAAAAAAGGAUGUUCCGUCACACGGUGCGAGGUCAGAAGAGACACAAAAAAAGAAAAGCGGAACUGAAUCGCGCGCAAAGUCAAGCAAAGAAACGUUGUGUGCCGGGUCAUACGUGCGGUUGGCGGUGCCAACGGAAAAAGGACGGACAAUCCCGUUUGUUGCAGAGGUGCUGACAGCGGGAACGGGGACAACUCUAGACGUGUCUUACCUCCAACAACAUGCAUCUGGAUACAGGUAUCCAGAUGUGGCAGACAUAAAGAAGAUAUUUAUAAGCGACAUUUAUCACCACACUGGAGACACCAAGGAUUCUUCAGCUGGGCAGUCGAUGCUUUUUGGAGUUUUAGAGUUUUUGUACAUAUAAAUUGAGUAAAUAAAUAACGCAAAAAGCGACGAACGGAAUUGGUUGAUGCAAGUUAUCGUGUCCCGUAUUGCGCCGUCAUAUAGCUGGAAUAUUGCUGAGUGUGGCGUUUGUUGGAGGGAGCGCUAUUUACAUUAGCUAGUGCUUGUAAAACCCAAUCUUAGUUGAAUAAAAUAUGUUUAAACUAUUGGUACGUGUUGCGGGGAUUCUAAUUCAUACAAAAACACGUUCUUAAUCACACCAUCUUGGGUGAAACAAUUAUCCACAUGUCAGUGAUUUUCUAAAUUAUAUAUUAUGCAAAUUCCUCAAUCGGCAUACACACUUGUUAUACACAGGAAACUCUGUAUAUUUUAUUAUCCACUGUGAUUGUCACGCAAUACAGCACGUGACUUCUCCAUAACUUACCCGUCCACGUUAAAAUAUAUUGCCUCUUGUCUUGAUUCCAUUGACAAACGGGGAUAAUGGCAUAUUCCAUUUGACCACGCGUAGGCAAAAUAUCCCUGUUACCGAAUUAUUCUGAAUUUCAGAAGGUAUUGGUAUGUUAAUUACAGCUAAAUAUAUGAGAGAACCCGCAUUUCUUUCUGUGGUAUGAUAAUUGACACCAGGAAUUAGCAAAUAUAUUGUGU